CGGGUUUUGCGAUUGUAUGUAUAGCAGUAGUACUACAGCGAAAUAGCAAGCAAAAAAAUACGCCGAUUUUCGCACUGAGACCUCCGAGAGACUUUGCGACUGUUGAUUCUUUUUAGCGUGCUGCCUGCCAGUAAGCGCACAGUUUUCCUUCGGCCGUUCGUGGGGUAUAAUCUCGUUCGCUCUCGUGUCCCGUGCCUGAUACUGUUGGCGCGCGCGACCUUUUCCCGUGUUUGAACUUUGGCGAAUUUUUCGACUGCAAGGCGGUGCAACGCUGUUCCGUUGAUCUUUUUUUUGGUUUUUCGUUAAAGACGUUCUUCUGAUGAAGUGUGACAAAUAUUGAAACAAUUUCCGGUGUUUAGAAUACUGUUUUAGGGAACAGACGAACGUAGACAAAUUUGAAGUUGAAGAAGGAUCUUGUGUGUGACAGACGAUAGUGCAGUGGUUGCGAGAAUUUCGCACAGCAAACGGAAUCCGAGCUGACGACAGAGAAAUAUUUUCUCCCCCGGUUUAAUUCAUUUCUUAUUUUUGAGUUUACGAAAGUAGAAGAAAAAAGCAGUGAAGAUCGUGUGUGUUUUGUGGUGAUGAUUUUUCCCUUCUCCGCGGUUGGUGGAAAACAGUGACGAUCGACUGCGCCCGUGUGAUGGUGUGCUUGCAACCGGAGCGACAAACAAGUGAUGAAAAAUGUUUCCUCAUGUUCCAAGACGAAAACGACGCCAGCCUGUUACAAACAUAACCAGCAGUGGCGCUUAGCAGCCGAGGCCAACGAACUUUGCUGAUAAACACAACUUCUCAUCUUAGAGCCAAACAUACACACGCAAAAAUAAGCCCCUUUCCGCGGUAAUUUGUUGCCGGCCACCCCCACCGUUUAGCCGUAAUCAGAAUUCAACGCAACGCAACGCGUGUACCAAAGUCCACCGAGCGAAAAACCCCGAAACAAUUACACAUAAAUCAGAAAUUACGCCGCCCGACUGAAGCUGCCUCUCUCAAUGAAAUCGGUCGGUACCUAAAUAUAGGCCGCAUUUUGUGACGCGACAACGACGACGACGUCGGCACAGUGCUUAGAAGUAAGAUUUGUUGUUUUUAGCACGGUUGUUUGCAUAGCCGAGUGGGGGAGAGGAACCGGGAUCAUGAAUCAGUGCUAAAAGUCGUGACAAAAAAACCGAACGGGGACGAAGAUCAAAAGGCGAGGGGAAUUCCGGCAGUGAUUGAAUUACCCAGCAGCGGCGGUGCUGAGUAAGCAAAGUGAACUCCCAAAACUGGAGCAUCGCAGUGGAAGAUGUUGCCUCCGACUAUUUGGAAAUCUGCGACCUGUGAAAAUGAGCGUUCCAUCGUCAGUCACUGCUGGGCUAAAAUUAGACACCGGCAUAAAUUAUGUAAAGUGUGCUGUUCGAAAUAACGCGUUGAUCGCGCCAAUUCAUCGCAUACAUAACCGUUCCGUAGGUGAACCGUCAGAAUUGUCAAGACGUCCACUCGGAAGAAGUGUAGAAGGAAGAGUUGAAAGCAGUGCUAACGGCGGCAAUUGUGGAAGAGGAAUUAGCAUAAGUGGUCGCACUGGUGACGACCUAGCACAACAACAGACCGGUAUCGGCAAUCCCCAAAGUGGACCUCGCGGACAGCGUCGUCAGACAAAGUGCGACUGGAUGUGGCCCCGGUGGGUUAGCUCUUUUCCAUCCUUGGUUUCUUCCCUCCUGGUUUCCGUACCCCCGAAAACGCCACGUUUGUCGGCAUCGGUUCGCCUGGCACAGUCCAACCCAAUCAGUGCAGCUGGUAGUGCGUGCUCGGUGAAUGACAAACGUCCGGAGCAGGAAGAAAUCGAAGAUGAGAACCAUCGGUGCCGGCAAAGCGAUGGCAGUGAGUGUGGAAGUUGUAAUAAGCAAGUGACAACGUGUGAUGAUAAUGGUAGGAAAAUGUGCAGCACCCGGCGACUCCAUCUCCGUCCUGCAGACUGUCGCCGCCGCCGCCGCCACCGAUUGCCGUCACUACUUGGCGGUGUCAUCAGCGGUAUCGAUGUGAAGCUAAUGCUGGUGAUUAUGGUGCUAAUUGGCAUUAUUGAUUACUCGGAAGGCGGCACCUGCUGGCUGCGGCGGAUAGAGAGCACCGGCAAGUGCAACAAGCUGUUCACCCGUAACGUAACCCGGGAGAACUGCUGCCACGCCGGAACCGGGCUCGGGUUCACCGACCGUGACAUCACGGAUGUGCAGAUUUUCUUCGUGAACGCCUUCAACGACGAAAUGGACUGCUCGUCGUGUCUGGCGUUUGACUUUCUGUCUUCUACAGAUAGCUGCGAGACGGCAAAGUGUGGUUCCAGCAAGCGUUGCGUUAUGAAGAAGGGUCGUCCGAAGUGCAUCUGUGCGCCAAGCUGCAAGGCACCGAAGAAGGCUAAGCAGUUGCCGAAGCAAAACAUCAAGGUGAUCAACUUGAGUGUAAGUCAACGAAACCGCAGACAGUAUUUAUCGACCGGGCCCCGAACUGCCGAGUCCCGGUCCGGUCCUUCGAUCCAGCUCGGAGGAGGAUCGAACAACAAGCGUAGCAUUCUAUUGCUAAGCGACGACCCGUCAACCCACCAUUCAAGGACUGUAAAAACUAGCCUAAGUGAGAAAGCGUUGAGCCAAAGAAGUAGUAACGGUAAGCUAGCUAACCCUAAGCAUAAGGAUAAUUUAUUGGAAUCUGUGACAUUAGUAAGUAGUAGAAAUAGAGGCAACCGGUCGAAAUCGAACUGUUCCGCGGUGGAUUCCGCGGACUGCAUCCGCCCAACCGACCGGAUGGUACUGAUGGCGGACGGUCCCAUGCAAACCAAUACGCUUCCACUAGGUUACGCCAAGAGAAGCCACUCCGAGUCCAGCCCAGUGCUGGUGACGAGUUCAACCGGUUCCAAUGUGCGCCACAGAAAUCAAAAGGCUUCAUUAGCUGGCAGCAACCGAACUGUUUCGACCCACCGUAUUCACGAUGAACUAUCGAGGACGCAACAUCACAGCCGAGACUUCGGCAGGCCUCGGUUGCUGCGGCUGACGCCGGGACACGAUAAUGACACUAUUGCGUCGGCGGGCAGCAGCAGUACUAUUCCGCGGUUGCACCGGCGACGGCCAAAGUACUUGGAUGAUACGUUCUACGUGGGAGAGGUGUCCCACUCCCGCCGGAACCGGAUGCAUGGUGGUGCUGAUUUCGAUUUUGGCAAUGAGAUCAUGCAACAUACUGGAUUCUACAAUCCCGUGUGUGGAACUGAUGGGAAAACGUACAAAACGGAGUGCCAGCUGAAGAAACGGGCAUGUCGACAGGAGAGCACUACACUAGUGGUGGCCUAUAAGGGUCACUGUCAGACAACCUGCCGACUGGUCCAGUGCCCGGAGGGCAAGUACUGCGUCGAGGAUCAGCACUCCACCCCGCACUGUGUGACCUGUGCCCGGGACUGUCCGGCGGAUUCGAGACCGUCCGCGUUCGCCGCCAAAUCGGUGGUGUGCGGCACCGAUGGGAUCACCUACCGGAGUAUCUGCGAGCUGAAGCAGAAGGCCUGCGUGACGGGACGGGCCAUCCCGGUUGCGUACCGGGGCCGUUGCAUCGAAACCGCCACAUGUGAUACGAUCAAAUGCAAGGACCGGCAGCACUGUCUGACUGAUCUGAAAACACAUAAACCGCGUUGCGUCAGCUGCAGCUACAAGUGUCCACGGAUGAAGCGACAACAGUCGCAACACCAGGGUCGCGUUCGCCAACUCGGCACUGGAACCGAAGCAGCCGCUGCCGGCCACCAGCGGAAUCAACACCAUCCGCACGUGAAACUAUGCGGUACCAAUAACCACACGUAUCACUCGUGGUGUCACAUGCUGAAGGACUCGUGCAACACCGGGCUCUACAUCGACGUGCAGUACAAUGGCGUGUGCAGCUUUGACAAAAGCCUCACAGCGCCUACUCUUCUCGCCCAGACGGUCGUCAAACCGAAACCGUAACGCACCGAAACGCAGCCAAAGUUGAGAAAUUUAGACAAAUUGAGCCCCAUGGUUUGGCAGAUUUUGGCAUAAAAAGCUGUAGGGAAAAAAUGGUUUUCGUUCUUCGACGAGAAACUGAUACCAAAAAAUGCAAAGAAAAACUUGACAGUAGUUGAUGUUGUUUCAAAGAUGUAAAAAGUAGGAUUUUUUUCAAUGUCUAUUUUAGGACUAACAACAAACACAGUAAGAUAUAUACAUUUAGAGUAGCGAUGAGUGUAAAGUCAAUCGUUGUAAAAAUAUUUCAUCCCCCAUUUUAACCUAUAGAAGUGUUUUGUAAAAAUUCGAUCUGAUUGAAACGAAACUAUUUAUAUUUAACUGAUAGAGUCCUUCUAUUUAUGAAAACUGAAACCACACGAACCCCUACAUAAUAUAUUUAUUGCCUUGUACAUUGUAAAGCACCGCUCUAGUGAUAGUUUUUGUUUACUUUACCUACUAUUUAUUCGGUUUCCCGGGAGACACUAUUUAUUGAUUGUAAGAUUUCCAAUCAAAACCAAAAACUAACUAUUAAUAUAAACAAAAAAAAGAUGCAAAUCAUUAUAUACCUACCUUUAUCAACCUUGAGACGAUCCAAAUUUAGACUACUUCACACUACACACUAAAUCGAAACGAAUGCAAAUGAAACACUCAAUUAAUUUGGUGCUGUUCUUCGAUCUAAUCAUUAACGUUUUUAGUGGAAAUCAACACUACAAAUUCCAAUUGUUGUUCUAGUGUGAUAAAUUAGGAUGGUAGGAGAAGUUUAAGCUAUAGCUAAAUUUGGCAUCCUCCGAAAGCAUGUUUUUUUAGAAACAAACCUAUUAAUACUAUUCAGUUCCGUAAGCUCCUAUUGAUCAAGUUGAGAAGAAGUGCGAGCAAGAACAAUAACCGUGGUAGGACAUUCUCGAGCAAGUGGCAACUGGUUUCUGCGAAUUGUUUUUUUUUUUUUUAAAUUUCGUUUAUUUGACACGGCUCAUAGCGGUAGUUUAACGGAGCCGUGGAUCUUUUAUGUGUUUACAAUGUGUAAAAAAUAAUAAUAAAACAAAAUUAUUGAUUGUCCGUUGGAUCUCGUACGCGCAACUUUUUAUUACGAGCGGAGACCUUUUUUCGCGGCUCGCCUACUGCGUCAUGGGGACCAUUUAAUUCUCUCCUGUCCUCCACAUCAAGAUCAUCAUCGUUAAAAGUGCCUUGGUGCUCGCGUCCAGAUGUUCUUUCCUGCUUCUUGCACUUACGGGUGACCAAUGUAAAUCCGUCGUCAUUCUUAUUAUCUUCAUCACCGAUGUUGCUUACAGUGGUUUCUGGGGUGCUGGAUGCUGCUUUGGCAGUUGUCAAUAUGGACUGAACAGCUGCCACAAAUUUGGCAACCGUUUGUGGUUCAGGUAUUGGUAUUGAAAACUCUUUUUUGGUUGGUUUACCGUGGAUUCGUUGGCAAUCGGUAGAGAUGCAUUCUCCUAUGUAUCUUCCGCGCAAGGUUGUCCGUGGUGUGCUGUUUGAUUACAAUACUUGCACGUGGGAGUUUGCCCAUCAUGGGUGCAUAACGUAGUUUGAUUAAUGGAUAGGUUUUUCGAUCCGCAUCCUCACCACAAGAACACCGUUAGGUGUACCCGGGAAGAAAUUUCUCCACGUAUCACGUGUAACUGAUUCUACUUCGCCGUAUUGCGACAUGUAUUUUGCGAUUAGAUCAGGAGGGGUACGUGGUGAUAGGUCAUGUAGCUUUACAUCUACAUAGUCUUUUUCUAUAUACACGGGAAUCUUAAUUCCAACUUUAUCACUUUGAGCUACGUGCUUUAAUUUGUUCUGCAAAACGAAACGUUCGGCUUGUGCUAACGUGUUGAAUGAUGUGAGUACGACAUUACGAAGAUGAUGAUACUGUAGAUACAUAACCUCCUUGAGCUUAAGCUGCAUCUUCACCUUCAGCAGGUAUUCCACUUCACGAAAACUCAAUCUUAUUGAACAGAAUUUAAAGUCAACGACCGCUGUGCUGGGUCGGAGCAGAGAUUUUUCGUCAACUUUACUCACGAUGGCAAGAAUAAAUUAAAAGUUUCCUUUGUUCUCGAGACAAUGCACACUAGAUCGAGAGGUUGCUAGUUUUUGUUCACUUGGUUCGAUUGUAUGUCACUUGGGCAGAAGUAGAAAGUAGACUGUUUCUGCGAAUUGUGUUAGAAUUCGUUAACGUGUGACUUUUUGGAUUAAGUGUCUAACUGGCGCCAAUUUGGUGCUAGUUAGGACUUAACUAAAGGGCUCCAAGUUGGUGCCAGUUACUGACGAUGAGGAUUCCAGAGGUGAUGGUGAGCUAACUCGUUUCGUCACAUCCGCAGAUCGCUUGCCAGACAAUAAAUAUUUUGCUAAAUUUCGCCAGCUUUAUCUUCCGAACCGGAGUAGUGAACUAGAGGCUGGUGACGUAAUAUUUCCGCCCAAUCAAUUGUCAGGGGUCGAUAUUUGUGUAGGACCCAUAACAAUGCAGAACCUUUUUCCGUUCAGUCUUUUUCCAAAUACUAAGUUACUGGAUUUUUUUCGAAAUAUGACACCCUUGAGACUUGAAUUUUUUGAUAUUUUUUCUUCUGAUUUUCCAAUUAAAUUAAAUUCAACCAGAUUAAAUUCAUAGAAUUCACGCUUCACCAGAGAAUAUUGGGUAACUGGCUUUCGCAAGUCUCAGCUACUAGUUGUUGGCAACACGCCCAAAAUUUAUAUCCAUUGCAAUUUUCGCGUGAUAUUCGCAACGCAACGGAAUUUUUAUUUUUGCGUGAUGAUCAUCGGGCUUGAUCCAGUUGGUUACGGAAUAAUCGUAAGGCAGCGUCCCUCAAGUUGACUGAUAAAAAGCCUCAUUAAUUACUAAAGGGUAGCUGGAUUAAAUGGGUUUCCUUUUAACUAUUAUAAUUGUUUGGAACGUUGUUGAGUAUUUUUUUUCGAACUCCACGAUUGACGUAUAUUAUUGAAUUCCUCUUGCAUUUUUUGUUAAUUGUUAAUGGUCUCAAAUCCCAGCACAAACCCCAGCCGCUAUGCUCGAGUUGACUGAUUUCAAACACACGGGAGUGAAUAAAAAAAAUUACAGAAAACACAUACCUGUAUGUAGUGCGAAUAACGCAGUUUAAAAAGCAAACUUCUAGGAUGUAAAAUUUACAUUUUUAAUAGUAAAAUUCUAUUUACUACUUAAACAAAAUAUGAUGAGACUUAAUUAGGACAAAGUAGUUGAAAAAUGAUAAAAUAAAAAAAAAUAAGAAAACACAAUCAUCAUCGUAAGCAAAGGUACACUUCUAUACAAACACAUACACACAGACCGAAACGUAUGGCACACUCUGUUACUCAAUGGUUCUCAACAACAAGCUUCUUUCAAUGUUUGCAGCAGCAAUAAUAGGGGAAAAAUUAUUCAAAUAGUAGUACCAACACGUUCGAAAAAAUCCGAGGGCAAAUCAUGUACCACACAAACCACAUUUGGAGCGACAAUAGUCGGAACCUGCGUCGAAUCCGGUACCGAGAUGGUAUUAUAGCCAGGGGCUAGUGGAAGAAUGCCGUAGAACGGAAAGAACGGAAAUUGUACCGGUCAACCAGCACCAGCCAGCAGUGAAUGGGCAACGGAAAUAGUACAGAAAUAAAUGUUUAUUAAUGUUGAUAAAAAGA